AUGCAGCCACCUCACAUUGUCAAUAAGAAGAGAGCGAUUGAAGAUGAACAUACAGAACCAUACAAAACCUUGGACGAAAUUAGUGUAUGGCAGCAGAAAAUACUUCGUGUGUACAAUCUACGUGAUGGGCGGCAUCUUUUCGAUCUCCAUCACCAUGGCGAUCCGAUUCUAAUUUGCUUUGAUGCACCGAUACUGGCAAUAUCGAAAAAUGGCGCUUUGUUGGCGGUUAGUCUUGAUACAACGUCCAUCAACAUUUAUCUGAUGGAGAAUGGUUUAGAGUGUGGAAGAAAGGAUGCAACGAAAUCGCAUAGAAUAGUAUUGAUUGAAUUCAUCAACAAUGACGAAUGCUUACUAAUUAUCAGAGAAGCUAAAGUGGCUACUGUAUGGAACCGAAUCUUUAUGGUGUCAGAUGGGCUGGCAAUACGGCAAUUUUUGUCAGACAAGGGGGAACUAAAAUUAGUUCUCGACUGCUUUGAUCCAAAAGAGGAGAAAAUCAGUGGAGGAGAGGAUCCGCCAAUUGUAGCCGACAAACAAUUAGAGUAUUCGAUUGUAUAUGAAUUAGAUGAGAGCAAACUUUAG